UGAACCAUAAUUCGGGUUCUGCUCUCUGUAAUUUGAGUUUCGGAUUACUCGCCUGUCUCACGAUGCCACCACGUCUUGAUAACGCAUUCAUAUCCUCACUCGCAGAAACUGGGAAAGCGGCCUGCCCGCGGUUUCCUUGGUAUAGAGGUGCUAUUGUCGCACUUGGAGCUCUGAACUACCCCGAAGAAAUACCAGCAUUUUAUACGUAUGUUCUCGAGCACUAUAUUCCUGAAGACGCCCGCAAAGAGGAGACGAAAAAGAUUCUCGAAGGCCUGACGAAGGCGUCAGGAAUUGUCGGUGCGGCAAAGACCGGCAAUGCAGUACGCGCUUUGAACCCAACCAUCCCAACGCAUCUAAAAGACAACACGUGCUACAGACAGAGUGAGACAUUCGAAAACGCUUCGAAGAGAGGACGGGAAUUCCAUCGCCAAAUUUACGGUCGAAAUCCUUUCUUUGCGGACUCCCAGACUAAGAACGCGGCAGCAGAUUACUACUGGAUUGUGUCAAGUAAGCCAACCUCCGGUAACCCAGUACUUUGGUCUAAUUUGCAGGGGUUAAUGCUGAUCGAGUUAUUCGCCCGCGCAGAUUUGUUUUAUGGUUACAUUUUCUCUUUCGAUGAAAUCCUUGAUGGGCUAGAGACAAGUCACUGUAUCUUAUCGGCGUUACUGGGUAUAGAUUGCCAGGAGCAGGUUAGAAACCACAUGAUCGGGAUGUUGUUGAAUGGUGCAAAGAGAGAAGAGAUUGAAGCAUUCAGGAACGUGGUAUUGAGGCUUGCGGAGAAGUUAGAGGUGAAGUUCAAGGAUGCACCAAUUCCGAUUCCAGCCAAUCCGGAAGGCACCAAUAUGUUGUGA